AUAAAGAUUGUCACAUGAUCCAUUUCCUGCGAUUCUGGCACCAUAAGUUCAAACCCCCAUUUCCUUAGCAGCCUUCCUUAGUCACAAUAUCUGUAACCCAUCUAUAACUGACACUCACAUGCCAACUUGCGGCUUCAGCGUGUGUUCGCAAAGGUGACGAGAGACCGCUCGCUUUCAAACAUGACGGCGAAUUCCAGCAAACUAGACAACGCCACGAUAAACUUUCUGCAGAAUUCUGGCGCCGCCAUCUCUAUCUCUACUUUGUACAUAUUCAUCACGGCCAUUAACUUGGUGGGAAAUGGCUUGUCCAUGUGGCUCCUCCUCUUCCGUACCUCUCCCAAGUCUCCCUCCAUCAUCUUCAUGAUAAAUCUUACCCUUACCGACAUGGCUCUCGGUGCUGCUCUGCCCUUUCAGAUCUCCUACCAGCUCCAAGGAUAUCAAUGGAAUCUGGGACCAAAAAUGUGCAGUUUCCUGACCCUCGUUUUCUACUCCAAUAUGUACUGCUCCAUCCUUACAAUGAUGGCCAUCGGUAUCGACCGCUAUCUGGGCAUUGUCAGGCCCAUGCUGUUCAGGCGGAUCAGGAAGAAGAGACUGAUCGCUUUUAUCAGCUGCUUCGUCAUGUGGGGUUUGGUCCUGAGCACUCUGUAUCCACUGAUGACAACAGACCUGACGUAUCACGUUCCUCAGCUUAACAUUACAACCUGUUUUGAUAUACUGAAGACAGAAAUGCUUCCAUCUGUGCCGGCCUGGGCAGCCUUCCUCUUCAGCAUGGUCUUCCUUCUCUUUCUCUUUCCGUUCUGUGUGACAUCAUUCUGCUACAUCAGUGUCAUACGCAAGCUGGCCAGUGAUUCAAAGACAUCCCAGAAAAAGAGAGCAAUCCGUCUGGCAGUUAUUGUUCUCUUAGUCUUCACUUUCUGCUUUGCUCCAAACAACAUCCUCCUGCUGAUACAUAGCGUGCUGAGACUCUACUAUAAGAAGUCUAUCUACACAGCCUACAAGCUGUCUCUGUCCUUCAGCUGUCUAAAUAGCUGCCUCGACCCAUUCAUUUACUACUUUGCAUGUAAGGACUUCAGACAAAAGUUGAGAGAGAUAAUAAAUCUGCAGAGUUUGAGCAGUGGAGAUUCAAUGAAGAUGGAAAAUAAAGAGACUUUGUACUCUGCGCAGUGAGGUCAAGAAUGAGCACGGAGAAAGGUGUUUUUGAAACCACAAUCACCACAGCAUAGAGCGAGAAUGGGUCAAAGGGGAAGAAAGACUUGAGAAAGGAAGCAUGAGUGAGACAUACAUAGCGGGUUACUCUGAGUCAGAGAAGCUUUUUGUCUUGACUCCAAUCUCAAAAUCAUUUAUGCCAGCUGGGUUUUUUUGUUUUUGUGUGUGUGUAUAACAGAAUAAAUGAACAUGAAGAGCAGCUCUGUGUCUUGGGUAACUAGUUAUCAUCCCUGCAUUAGCUUUCUAUUUAUUUUAAAGAAUUGAUCAUCUCCUUACAAAGCACAUUUGUAAUAGGUGGAAAUCCUGUUUCCCCUCAUUCUUUAACAAAUGCUGUAUUUGUUAAUUGGAUUUUCCAAGAUCAGAUCAUGAGCUGGAAUAAUCCCAAUCCACAAAAGACAGACCCCCACAAUCACUCGGGCACAAAGAGUUACUGGCAAAA